AUGAAGUACUUGGCUGCUUAUUUGUUAUUGUUGCAAGGUGGUAAUGAAUCACCAUCCGCUGCUGACAUCAAGGAAUUGAUCGAAUCUGUUGGUAUUGAAGCUGAAGAAUCUCAAAUCUCCAACUUGCUAUCCUCUUUGGAGGGCAAGUCUAUCAACGACUUGAUUGCUGAAGGUCAAACUAAGUUUGCUUCUGUUCCUGCUGGUGGUGCUUCUGUUGGCGGUGCUGCUGUUGGCGGUGCUGCUGCUGGUGGUGCUUCCGCUGCUGCUGAAGAACAAGCUGAAGAAGAGGCUAAGGAGGAAUCCGACGAUGACAUGGGUUUCGGUUUAUUCGAUUAG